AUGCAGAGCGGGUCUCAACGGUUCGACCAACUGGAACUGAGACGGAGGCCAUUUGGAUCCUCUGAGGAGAAGGUGUCUCCACAACCGGCCCCCUCCAAGCCUGUAGCUUUACCCGUGGCCCCCCAGGCGAGCCCAGCGGCGCCGCCGUCCAGCCUGACCCAGGAGCAGCUGAUCCGCCAGCAGCUUCUGGCCAAACAGAAGCAGCUGCUGGAGCUGCAGCAGAAGAAGAUCGAGCUGGAGCUGGAGCAGACCAAAGCGCAGCUGGGAGGACUGGCUCUGCCGCCGUCGUCUACAGUGGCCCCCCAACCAGAGUCCAGCAGCACUCAGAGACCCGCCAACCCCAUUCGACCCUGGAUCCCCCCCCAGCCUCAACCUGACCCCAAGGCGUCCAGUAGAGACCCCCGUCUGAACCGUGGCGGGCCCCCAGCUGGGCCCACACUCAAAGAACAACCCCCCACCAAGAGGGAGAGCCCCCACCCUCCAGGGGGGCCCGGCGCCGCCAUGGCGAGGAGGCCGCCAGAGAAAUCCCCCCGGCCUGAGAAAGCCCGGCCCCCCAGGAAGGAGACGCCAGAAGACAAGUUAAAGCCCAAAUCUCCGUCCCCUCUGGCCAAAGGGCCCCAGGGCCGCAUCAGGCCGGCAGAGCCUGAGGGCCCCAAGAAGGACCCCAGGACCAAGAAACGAGUACUGGAGAAGAGCGCUGAGCCCCGGGACGACGAGAAGAAGCGCUGCAGCGACAAGAAGGAGCGGGAGGAGGUGCCAAGGAGACCAGAGCCCCCUAGGUCCAAAAUGCCCAAUCUGGUCAACGGCCUGGGGGCCAAAACUGACCAAGCAGAGCCCGGAGACAAGGCUGACCCGAAGCCCGGAGGCGCCGCUCGCAGGAAACGCACCCGCUCACGGUCCCGCUCCCCCACCACCUCCCCUAAGAGGAAGGAACGCCGUUCCCCCAAAAGCCACGGCCGCAGCAGCUCCCCAUCACCCCCCCACAAACCCGGGAAACCCCGGAGGCCCCGAGGAGACGACCCACAGAACGGAAAGCCGGGCCGAGACGACCGACCCGGCCCCAAGAAGACCCAGUCAGAUGGCAGGAGAACCAAAAGGCCGCUGGACGAGCGGCACUCUGAGUCCAGGGACCCCCACAGGGGCCAUGAUGGUGCUGGGAAGGACCCCAAGGAUGCGCCACACCGCUGGAGGAGCGGCUGGGAGGAGAACAAACACAUGAAGCUUCCAGAGGACUCCCACAACAAGCCCACCCCCCCCAGACACAAGCCACAUGGCACCCCGACCCGCCCCAGCACACCCAGGAACCAGAAGAUCCGGCUCAGCGUGGACGCUAACCUGCAGAUCCCCGAGGUUCUGAACUCCGCCUCCAAGAAGGACCUUCUGAGGCGGGCCAGCAAACGUCUGGAAAGGGGGGAAAUUUCUCGGGAGGACUUCCUGAACAUGGUGCACCAGAUCAACCAUUUCUUCCAGUACCAGGAGGAGAAGCAGCAGAGCUCCGGGAACUGGGACGACACCAGAAGGUUCUCCGCCAAGAAGCAGUCUCUGCUGAGCGCGACCCGUCCUCAGGAAGCCAUGGACCCCGCCCAGCUGUCGUACUUUGAGCACAAGUCCAAGCUGAGGAAGACGCAGGUCAACCACAGGGCGACGGGUGACGAAGGCCAGGAGGCGUCAGAGGAGGGCGAGAAGCUGGUGUCGAGGAGUGGGGGGCCCUACGGUCGACCAUCGCAGGACCAAGCAGGUGAGCGAGACGAGCCGCAGCCGCCACUCGCCCCCAUGGUGGAGGAGUACAACCACGGCAAGGAGUUCCCCAAACUCAAGUCUCUGCCAGGACUCCGCUUCAGGAGGAGAGCCGACCCUGCAGAGUCCAGUGAGCGGGAGUGGACGUCGCCGCUGACGGAGCGCCAGCUUUAUGACGAGCGGGAGGAGCACAAGAGUAGCUACGAUGCCCCGCGGAGGUUCGGGCCGGCCGACCCACGCCGGCAGGAUGGGCCCCUUCCCUCUGUAGGGGCCCACCGCAACUCCCUGGGCCCUGCUGGGCCGGAUGCUCCGCCCCCUCGCUUUGAACGCUCCCGUCUGUCUCCUCUGCAUCAGAAAGAUGCGGCUGACCUGAGCCCGGUCCCUUGCUUUGAAAGUCCAAACAGCGAGCACUCAGAUGAGGGGCCCCUGGAGGCCCCCCCCCCUCCUCCUCAGGGCUCCAAACCAAACAUGAAGGGGCUCCCCCGUGGGGGGCCUCUGUCUGUUCGGCAGCACAGUGACUCCCCAGGACACACACCCCCACACGAAGGACACCCUCCUUCUAUGUAUGGGGGCCCCGGGCACAUGGGCCCCUCCAGACCACACCGCCAUGGCUGGAGCCGGUUCGAGGAUCCCCAGUUUGAUGGCCCCCACCACCCGGGGGCCGGCAGGUUCGAAGGUGGGGGGCCAGCACAUCAUAACCUGCCAGAGAGAACUGAGGGCCCCCCGCCCUGUGAGGGGCCCCGCAUAGCAAUGAGAGGAGAAGGGUUGGGGGCCUUUGACGGGCCCCCACAGGGGCCCAGCAGGUUUGGUGGUCCCAUGGGACAACAGCAGUUUGAAGGGCCCAUGGGGGGCCCUGGUCCGUCAGAGGGCCCCAUGCAGCAUUUUGAGGGGCCCAGCCACUUCGGCAACAUGGGGCCUGGUCCAAUGGGCUUCCAGCAGCAGCUGCCCCCCCGCUUUGAGGUUCCCAACAAUCAGAUGGGUCCAAUGAGGUUCGAGGUCCCCGCACCGGGCCCCAGGUUUGACCUGCCAGGGGGGCCCCAUCAAGUGGGCCCCCAACAGCCAGGACCUCCUCGCUACGAUUACCCUCCUGGCCAGCAAGGUCCCCCUAGGUUCCCCCCCCAACACAACCUCCAGCUCCCUAUGCAGCCCAUGGCCCCCCCCAUCUACGAUGGCCCCGCCCCACCGCAGCAGAACUUUGGUAUGGGCCCCCAGCGGUUCCAGGAGCCCAUGAACCCUCAGUUCCCACCGGGGCAGAACCUGCUGCCGGCAGGAAACUUCAACAUGCAGCCAACGCCGUUCAACCAACCGGGCCCCGGGCCCUUCUACAACCCGCCGGCACCUGUUGCCCCCAUGCAGCAGCCGGUGAACAUGAUGGGGAACGUGAACCAGCCCUACCUGCCUCAGAACCCGGUGCCUUUCGGACCACAGACUCCUCAGGUGGCUCCUCCAGAGAACCACUUCGGUCAGGUAGACGUCAACGACCUUCUGUCCAAACUCAUCUUCAACGGCAUCAUCAAGCCGCCAUCGCAGACCGACUCGUCACAGACGGCCAGCGAGGCGUCUUCCUCAGCUCCCGCUCCCGCCGCACCUGUGGAGGAGGAGGAAGAGGAGGAGCCUGAGGUGGAGGUGGAGGAGGAGGAAGAUCUGCCAGACCUGACCAGCUUCAGCAUCGAGAUCAUGAAGCAGCGGUACGAGGGCUUGGUAACAAAGCUGUACUCAGGGAACCAGUGCUGCCUCUGCAGCAUGCGCUUCACGGCGGCUCAGACAGACAUGUACGCCGACCAUCUGGACUGGCACUUUAGGCAGAACCAUGCGGGCAAGGUAGCCAGCAAGAAGGUGACGCAUCGGCGGUGGUACUACAGCCUGACGGACUGGAUCGAGUUCGAGGAGAUCGCCGACCUGGAGGAGCGGGCCAAGAGUCAGUUCUUUGAGAAGGAGAACGAGGAGGAGGUCCAGAAGAACCAGGCAGCGGCCAAAGAGAAGGAGUUCCAGAGCGUCAGAGCCACCAAGGACCAAGUAGGAGAGUCCUGUGAAAUAUGCCAGGAGCCAUUUGAGACUUACUGGGUCGAGGAAGAGGAAGACUGGUUCCUGAAGAACGCUGUCCGGGUCGACGACAAGAAUUUCCACCCCGCCUGCUUCGAGGAUUAUAAAAAUACAUCGUCCUACCUGGACGUGACGCCGUCGCCCAGCAGGCUGCUGACCGAGCACCCGCUGGGAGCCUUCAUCAAGACCGAGGAGGAGGAGGUGGAGACUUCCUGCGAGGUCAAACAGGAAGCUAAGAGUGCGUGCAGUGGUCCUCCACCACAGGAGCCCGUUUCCACAGCCCAGGAGGCUCCCAUGGACUCGGUUAAGUCCGAGGACAAGGCUUGACUCGGCGCCGCUCCUCUUCGUCCCGUUGGGUCGAAGGUUUUUUACGACUUGAAUACAUUUUGGUAUUUGGAUUGUUAUGCGGCCAUUUCAGGGCUGCGGUUCUGUUUGCUUCGGCUGUAAAUGAUUUAAUUUAUACAUUAAAGUAUUUUUGGUAACUCUGGUCUACUGCUGCUGUUUGCUACCUGUACAUAGUCUCAGCUGAUUGGUCAGCUGCUUUGUUGAGUCAUCACAGGUGUUGAAGGUAAGCAUCAUCUGAUUGGACGACCGGAAGCGACUCGGAGGAUCCUGUCUGCUCUGUUCUUUGCUUUCCCUUCAAUAAACGAGUCUGAAAAGUUGAUUUGUGUGAAUUCUGAUUGAUCCAACUCACUUUGUCAUUUUAGGUUAAAUCAUUAAAAAAUAAAGUUUCAUU